AUGGCACGUACUGUUACUAACGCUGGGCGCACUCUACAGCCCCUUCCAGGGUCUCGUCCUGAUCUGCUCAGGCGCCUGAUGCGCCACCCACGCAUACCCAACAUUCCAGAUGAGCAACUAUUUGAAACGGAUAUAGACAACGUCACAGCGAUGCAGAUUGAUGACCAUUCUGUUGCUCUCUUAACUCAGGACCACUUUAAUGACAUGCUCGACAAUGAUCUAGAGCGAUAUGAAGAGCCUGAUGCAUUUUCAGGCCCACAAGUAAUGACUGGGGACUUGCGGCGCGUGUGGAAGGCCACUUGUGUAUAUGAACAGCUUACCGAAAAUCAUCCACGAAUUGUUCACUUCCAACGCCGUGACCCAUUCUUUGGGGUUCCUAUUCUGGACAUGCCAUCAACUACAGUUGACCGUCUGGUGGCUAAAUACGGGUCAUCUAUGUACUCCAACACAGAUGGACAGACACGGAUUACGCCUAAAUAUCGCCCGCUAAUCUACCAAUGGGCAUUACAUCUGGCCUCAGCACUCUCCUUUGUGCACUCAAAAAACAUUCUCUUUGGUGAUCUGCAGAUUGAAUUAUGCUGGCUAUCAUCUUCUUUUUCACUGUCACUACUCAGCUUUCUUGACGCUGUUUACAUUGACAGUCAGACAAUGAGGAAAUAUAUCAAUGGAACUGGUAGAGAUGAGCCAUUUCAUCCCUGCAAUAUACCACGACGGCAUAGUCAAGUGGCCACUGUUCAUACCGAUCUGUUUCUCUGGGGAUGUCUUGUCUAUCAGCUCAUGACAGUGUCCUGGCCUGGCCAUGAACGGGACAGGCAGGAUGCAGAGAUGCGGCAUAUGGUGGUGGAACACCAAUGGCCGGUUCUUGAAAGGGAAUACCUAGGCGAUAUUGUGCGGAAGUGCUGGGAAUAUGGCUAUGUGGAUGCUGAAGAGCUGAAGAGGGACUUGGAUAGCUUUUUGGCAAAUGAAGGCUGGGAAGUUGAUGGUGAUGAGCUACGUGGAUUUCGGCCUGCUGAGCUCUUUGAGGAGGGAUCGAUUCCUAUACGGUAG